AUGGCCUACAUGCAGGAGCUUAAAGCAAUCCGCCUGUCGUACAUCGGCACAGAAGCUCUGGGGGCCGUGGGGCAGAUUUACGAGUACCUGUCCAAAAACUGCCACAAGUUGAAGGGGGAUGCAAACGACAAGCUCCGAUCUGUCAUGGAUUUCGUGUACCAUCCGCAAGGCGGUUGGGUGCCCUUGGAUGCCUGUAUCUGGCAAGGCUCUAGUUAUCUCCCAAACUCUCUGGCGCUCGCCAACGUCUAUCCCGCUUGUGCUGAGCUUUUCCGGCGCAGGCUGGGGGUUUCGGAUGUGGGUGUCGCCGAAAUUGUCAAAGAGCUUGUUCGUGUCGACAACAUUCCGGAUUCUUCACGAGAUCACCCUUUGUUGAAGACAACCAUUCUUGCCUUAAGCGAAUCCCGGGGAAAAGGCCAACCGAGUCCAGUCAAACUGAAUGAUGACCUCCGAGGUAAGAUGCGAGAUUUGAAAAUCUUCCCGAUGGCCUCAACAGCCGAGUCUUCAGGUGAAGCCCCCAGUGUGGUGUACAGAUCCAUCGACAAGGACUGGUACAUUGGGGACAGGAGCGUAUUGAGACGAGCAUUCGUCGGAAAGGUUGACAUCCUGAAUUUCGACAUUGGGGAUAUUGACAAGCUCAUGCCCUUGAUCAAGUGGCUAUCUCUUGACAACAAACUUCUGAGUGCAGCAGUGCAACAACGGACAGUUAACGUAGGAUCACCCGUGUACAAUCGCGGCUGGUCCAAUGACAUCCGGAAAAGAGCGAGAUAUAUCGCUCUUCUCGGCACCGACACAGACGUGAAGUUGCCCCAGUUCGAGGUGUCGCUCGCCUCAGGGUUGAGCGUGGAAAGGACAAUCGGCGACAUACGCGGCGAAACUGAAGUUGGGCAUGUCUCCAUCACGGAAAGCAACGACUCUGUCAAAAUCGUUGUCUUGAAGGACCCUUUCAAGAAUAGCAGCCCGCGGUUUGACAGAGAGCUCGUAGACUUCUUCAUUCGCCGGUGUGCCAUCGAGGACGUCAGCCGUGUCUCGCUCGUCUCGCUCGUCCUGAGAGCCAGCUUUGGCGACGUGCGAGAUUUAUUAGAGGGAGCAAAUAUCCGAGAAUCCAUCGAGGAUCUUGACUUCCGCGUCGACGAGGCUGAAGAGCAUGCUGCUGCCGAGACUGGAGGGAUGGCGGGUGUGAACGCUGUGGCGAGAGGUCCAAAUGCAGAGUUAGGUCUUGGGGUACUGCGUUCUCAGGCGUAUGCGACUGAUCACAGCCCUCGGAUCUACACAUCCGCUCAACGAGACUUGUCUAGCCGUUUCAAGGAGAUUGGACUCAAGGCCGAGAUACACGUCAACGAAUACUUCAAACAGCAUCUAUUAGACUGGAAGCCCGAGAAGAAUUGGACAAGUCAUCUUCGGGAAGAGAAGGGCCAUCCCUUGUUCCUUGGCGACGAAUCAACCACAGCAGACUUCACUUACACCGAUAUGGAGGGGAGAAUGCUCGAGGCUCUUGGAGUGGUUCGCAAAUCGUGGUUUUCGCAUACGAUCACUUACCACAUCGAGGUGAAGGGAACAGUCUGCGAACUCGAAGAGCCCUUCCACUUCAGCCAGAACCAAAUGAACUUGGCCCGAAACUACGCUUUCAAGCAUGGCAAGAUACCAACGGACGUCUUUCUUAUUGGCCGUGUGUACAAUGUGGAGAAGAAGAAGCCGGAUCUGAAAUUCUACUGGAACCCGUGGGAGAUGAAUAACAAAGGCCGGCUCGUCAUGACAGUUAGUGAAGGGUACCGCAUCGCCCCUGGCAAUGCAGCAGCGACACCCAAAGCAGCUUGA